AAAAAUUUUUAAUUUUGAAAUAUCUAAUCCAAUUAGAAGGGAAUUUGUCGGAGUAAAUAUUCUGCAUCUUCUCACUAGUAUCGGAUAAUCGCAGGGUCAAAUCAGCAUUAAUUAUUCCCUAAUCACUCACAUUUGACCCGUGUUAGCAAUCCCCUUCAAAUCUGUUUCCGAAGAUUGAUCAAAAUAAAAUAAAAUGAAUCGGUUACCAUUAUUAUAGAAACGGAAAAGGACGUCGGGGUAAUAAGUUCAUGUGUAAAGAUGCAACAUUUCCCACAUAGCUUGAUUGACACGAUAUAAAAAAGAAGAAUUUCAAUAGAUGAAACACAUCCACUGGUGGAUCGCCACGAGCUAACAUCAAAAUUUUGUCAACAUGGAAAGAAUUGUUUGUAACUUGUUCCAGUUCCCCUUCCAACGUAAGUUUUUAUUCGUUUUUAUUUUAGCUUAUCCAAGUGUUUUUUAAGGUAUACGCUGAGCAGGAAUGUCUUGUAUGUUAUUCUCACAUGUGUUAUGAUGGAACACUAUUCUGUGUUAAGAUUGCAAUCUCGCCCCAAGGUUUUUUUCUCUUUUCGUUAUCGGAACUCUAUCCAAGUAUAAAAAAGAGACAAAGAGCCCUGGGAACGAGGUAGAGAAGAUUUAUGUAGUGAGCCAAAAGCUGUAAAACAUUUAUUUGAUGAAGUGAAUGUCUGUUGUAAGUAGCAACUGUUGUAGCGAAUAAUAGCUUGGAAACAAAGUUGUGAUUCGACUUUUAAUCCAUAUUUUUAGUCCCAACAAACAGUAAUGACAAAGAAACUAAAGAAGUCUAUAAAAAGGACACGACAAACACAAGAAAAACACAAACGACAUUGAGGAAGUAUGCUUUACUCCUUGGAGCGAUUUUACUUAUCAUACCAUCCACUGACGCACAUUUCUACUACCCACACCCUCGCCUUAUGACGCCGCGACAACGCGCGUACAGAGUGUUAGAAAACUACCCCUUAGUUGAUGGACACAAUGAUCUUCCGUGGCAGAUACGUACAGCAUACAAAAAUCAAUUGUGCGAUGUAAGUACGCUUGGUGGGUGUCAUACGAGCAUUCCAAAAUUAAGGCGCGGAAAAGUUGGAGCUCAAUUUUGGGCUGCUUUUAUGUUAUGUGAUACGCAAGAAAAAGAUGCAAUAAGAAAUGUAUUGGAACAGAUGGAUUUAAUUAAAAGAAUCACUCGACAGUAUUCGAGUACGUUCGAUUUUGUUACCACCGCAGAUGGUAUUGUGAGAGCGCACAGAAGAGGAAAAAUAGCUUCAUUAAUAGGAGUUGAAGGCGGACAUGCGAUCGACUCAAGCAUGGCAGUUCUACGCUCACUGUACGAUCUUGGUGCACGUUAUAUGACCAUUACUCAUUCAUGUAACACACCAUGGGCUGAUAAUUGGAAAGCUGACAAUACCAACCCGAACAUUACUGAUCCCGCUAGAAGUGACGGUUUAUCACCAUUUGGUAAAGAAGUUAUUAAAGAGAUGAAUCGGUUGGGAAUGAUGAUAGACCUAGCUCACGUGUCACAUCGAACAAUGGAGGUUGUCUUGAAAACAACCAGUUCACCAAUCAUGUUUAGCCAUUCGUCUGCAUUUAGCGUGUGUAACAACAACAGAAAUGUCAGGGAUGACAUUUUACUCAAAGUCAAACAAAACGGAGGCGUUGUCAUGGUGAAUUUUUAUGUCGGUUAUGUCAACUGUGGAGAAAAUAAGACAAACGAAACCGGUAUCGACAACUUGUUGGAGCAUAUUAACUACAUCAAAAAUUUCAUUGGAUCAGAAUACGUUGGAUUAGGAAGUGAUUAUGAUGGCGUGCCAGAAGUACCAAUAGGCCUUGAAGAUGUUUCAAAAUUUCCGGAAAUUUUGGUGAAGUUAGCUGAACAAGGUUGGACGGACUACGAAUUAAGAAAUUUAGCGGGUGGAAAUAUAAUUCGAGUGUUUAAAAAAGUAGAACGAAUUUCGCGAUGGAUGCUGGGUAAACAACCAAGUGAGAUGUUGAUGCAGCCGAGCCAAUUUCUAAACGUGAAUAAUACAUGCAGGGCUCACUGGUUGGAGAAUAUCAUCCCUGGAAACUUUUUUUAACAUCACGGAUCACUUCGAAAGAUGCUAUUUUUAUAAAAACAUUUUUAAGGAACGGUAAAGAAAUGUAAUUAAAAAAUAAAUGUAUGCAAAAAGGUAUGGUAACGAAUUGUUUUUUAUCUGAAGUUGGUGUACAUCUUACUAAAUAUAUAAGGAGCAUACUUGCGGGCUACUCUACCAUGUUUUAAAAA